UGUGCAGUAAAGUGAAAAAAAAGCAAAACAAUGUACCAGAGAUAAGGGCACACUUAAUGGGGAAUGUGAAGGCACCUAUUGUGUAACAACCCAAUGUAUAAAAGCGACUAAAAAAAUUGUGCAGCUGAUCCUUAAACAAAUGUAGCGAAAACAUUUGCUGCUGCCGAAAGAUUGAUGUACUGUAAAAUGUUACAAAAAACAAACAAAUAAUUGUUCAUUAACUAAACAAAUAACCAAAUCACUUCUGAGUGUUAAUAAUCCUAGCUCGAAUAGGGCGCGUCAACUUGUUCGCAUGAGGAACUUUCUUUUGCGCAAUAAUGUUGCAUUAUGUCGCUAUCAGUUUCUCCUAAUAUUUGGACACAGUUUCAUACACCCGAUUUACCUAUAAAGUUCGUGAGAGAAGAAAAAUCGCGUUACACUAUAUGUUUAUCGUGUGAAAUUGAAUAUGAUUUUCGCUGAAGUUAGUGUUUUUCGAAAUCAAUAAGACAACUUAAUCAAGCCACUGAUUGGAGAUGCAGCUUAACAUUUAUGUGAUGAAAUAAGAUCAAAUAUGUGCAAUUCGUUCCGGUGUUUGUGUAAACGAUGGUUGGGAUCUGUACAACCUCAUUAUCGAUAUGAGCAAAAUACAUCUUUACAUAUCAUCAUUGACGGUUGAGUGAAAAUGUUAAACAAAACACAGUUUUCGUUGUUUAUGUACAAUGCUCGGUUCAAUAGAUAGAAGUGUUUUUUUCCUCCAAUACAUGUGGGCAGCUCCUGCAUGUGUGUGCGUAUGUGUGUGUUAGUGUGUAUUCGAGUACGGAUGUACAAGAAUUUGUUAAACAAGAACGUUUUAUCUGUGGUAGAAAAAAAUUUAACACUAGUUCUCGUACUACGGCAGGUUAAUGAUUCAUGCAUAGAAUAUAAUAUCGCGUGAAUGUCAGGCAUUGGUCUGAAACAAUCUACUGCCUAGUCUGGGAAAAUGAAAUCAGGCUUUAGUCGGGACACAAACCAUCGGCCAGGAUGUGUUGUAUUAGUUAUUUCGGUUUUUGCCGCACUCCAGAAAGCUUUUCUUAGUGAGAGAGAGAGAGAGAAGAAAAAAAAACAAACAAAAUACACUCUUUUUAUCUAACGUGUACAUGUAAACGGUAUUGUUGACUCCAAAAAAAUUAAAUGUGUUUCAAAUAGUUCGACAAAUGUACAGCUUGAACAAGUACAACUCAGGCUGUGUGACUUAAACUUGCAUAUUGUAUGCAUGCUUUUGGAAGCUGUGAUUGUACAAAUACAAUGUAAUCUGCGAGUGAUACAGAAGUGACACACUACUGGCAAACGUUCCUUUUAAAUUGUUUAUUGUGCGGUAAAGCUUUUUUUUUAUUUACAAAGUAAAUGUAUGUUAAAGUGCUCUCUAUCCUAGUGACGAAAGAUUUGUUUUUUGUUAAUUUGAUUAUUUGCGGGCUCUUAUGAAAGCAAAAAGUGAUUGAAAUAAUUUAUGACGCUACCAAAUCAGGGUUAGUUUUCUUUUGUUUUUUUUUGUUUUCAAUACAACGUUUCCCACAAGAAUGGUGUGUUCGUUCUGUUGCGUAAAAUACUAGUCCAGCGCUCGGACGGAAUUUGCCCGGUGUUAGUUGUAGUUGGAUAAAAUUACGGCUGUAAAGUAUAACUGCUAAAGUAAAACAAAAAUCUUAGCAAUACAGUGGGGCCUAUUACUUAGCAAAAUUCAUCGAAACUGGUGAAUGAGUCACAGCUUAGCGACGAAAAUAUUCCUGACUUUCAAUGUUAAAGAAGCAGUACCGAUCAUUCGCCUAAAUUGAGUACAAAUUUAUUGCCAAAAUUCCAACAGGCUGAGUUGUAAAUAAGGAUAAUAAGCAUUGUAGUAUUGCGCUUGCUGCCGUUCUCAUCUCUCAACUGCUCAAUAAACGCCACAAAACGAAACGCUCCGCGAACAAACGGCGUCGGAGUGUCCGUGGACAAGCCCGAACGCCGUGUCCGAUUCCAAUAGUACCGAUGUCCACUAGUGAGCCGGACUCGGCUGGAUCCUCUUCACAUGGAUUAAGAAGGCGUGCAAAUCACGGUUUACUGAAGCACACGGAAGCGGCAGCUACAUCUACAGCCUCUGCCUCAGAAGCAGAAGCAGCAGUAGCCGCUUUGGCUUCGAUGAUGGAACCACCAGCCAGUAUCAUCAUGAAAGCCGCUGCGGCAGCGGCGGCGGCAGCUGCUAAGGCUGCCGCCGGAUCUGUUACCACUAAAGAGGAGCCUGACUGUGGUGAGAUGAACGAUCGUGUAGCCUCCUCAGUGGAUUCGAGUAUGGACAGCAGUGCGCUAGCUAGUUGUCUCUCGAGCACAAUCUCGUCCUUACGUGGUUCUGGCAAUAUUGCCACAGGAAAUGGUGGUGGUGGUGGAAACAUCAGUGGAGGAGAUGAUAAUCUGUCGGACAAUUCGGAAUCUACCUCUGGAGCGACGACUACAACGACAACGUCAAGUGUGGCUGCAGCCCAGCUGCUGGAAAACCUCAAACAUCUCAACCAUCAUAGCCACAAUAACAACAAUACGAGCGCGAUCAAUAACAACAAUCCACUACAUGCUAAUAACAACAACAAUAAUGGCAACCGAAAGCUCUUUGAAUGCGAUGUCUGCAAUAUGAAGUUCUCCAACGGGGCGAACAUGCGUCGUCACAAGAUGCGACACACAGGAGUCAAGCCGUAUGAAUGCCGAGUCUGUCAAAAACGAUUCUUCCGCAAAGACCACCUGGCGGAACACUUCACAACGCACACAAAAACGCUACCUUAUCACUGCCCAAUCUGUAAUCGAGGUUUUCAGCGACAGAUUGCGAUGCGUGCACAUUUUCAAAACGAACACGUUGGCCAGCAUGAUCUCGUCAAGACAUGCCCUCUUUGUAGCUAUCGUGCAGGUACAAUGAAAUCGUUAAGGGUGCACUUUUUUAAUCGACACGGCAUCGAUUUGGAUAAUCCGGGACCGGGGACGCCAUCGUCUCUGUUGCUUGCUCUCGAUCAACACAAUCCGGCAAACUUGUUACCGGCGGCCUUGGCAGCUAUGAACGCGGUCAAUGCCUCGUUUGGUGAUGGAGGUGCGGCGGCGGCGGCUGCUGCAGCAGCUGCCGAUACGAUGCAACGAUCGCUCGAUAACGGCACGCCGCCGAUGCACUUCCUUACACCGCACGUUGAGAUCUCCAUGGACAAUGCGGAUGAUGAUAACAGCUUACCACUGAACUGCAGCCGGGACGGUUCCGCAGGUGCCGGAGGUUCUGCCGGAUGUCAGCAAGACUUACAUCAAGGAAACCGAUCGCAUAAUGGGACACCUAUGUUACAUUCAAAUGGUCCCAGUCCUGGCAGCAACAAUGAUCGCAGCACACCGACAACGUCAACCUCAUCCGCAACGAUCUCGUCUGCACUGGACAUUCAAGCAAUUGUGCGACCCUCUAACGGUGGGACACCAACUGUCGCAUCAUCUGGAUCACCGGCUGGUUCACCCCAUUCGGCAGACUCAAAUGCUCCUUCCAGUUCCCAAUCUUCGUCCUCGUCGACGACUACCACGAUGCUUCCGACACUAGUACAAAGCUCAAGGCAUAUUAUUUUUGAUAACCCUAUUACACCAUCGAUUAGCUUAAUACCUAUAAAACAGGAACCAACAACGAACGAUGAGUACAACGAUAUUAAACCCCGAAGCAGUAGUAGCACAGAACCACCAACCUCAAACAGCAGUAAUUCAGCAGAAUGUGUUACCCCUUCGUCAAGUUUGACUUCGCUGAUCAAGGUAUCGCCAUUGAAGUCAUUGUUGCGAGAAGACCUGAAACGAAGAAUCUCGGCACGCGCAACAACCCGCGCCACUCGUAACGGAAUGUUGGCUAAUAGUUCGCCUAUUCCGGCGAGCAGUCCCAUUCCGAACAGUUCCAAUGUCCUUGCACCCGGUGCUACUCAGGAGAGUGGCAAUGGAAGCAACAGUUCAAGCAGUUCUAGCAGCAGCUCCAGCAGUAGCUCCAGUAGCAGUAGCUGUACGGCUGCUAUUGCUGUCGCAACUACCUCAAAUGGUACGAUCACCUCCACCGGGCAGGAAACUGACCUGCUACUAUCUCUCACAUCCAAGGCGAAGCGAAACUUACAGUGUCUUUUCUGUGGCAUUGAGUUCCCAGAUCAGACCUUAUACUUCCUGCAUAAGGGAUGCCACAGCGAAAGCAACCCAUGGAAGUGCAAUAUCUGUGGCGAGCAAAUGAACAACGUGUAUGAGUUCAACUCACAUUUGCUCAGUAAAAGUCAUCAAUGAUGUUAAGCGAGGGAAAGGGAAACAGUUUACUGGUGAUGUUUCUCUUUUUCUGAUCGCUUACUAAACAUUCGACACUCGUAAAUCCCACAAACUGCCGUACACUGUCGAGGGCUACCUUGUAUAAGAAACCAUGGUCAUGGCUUCCGAUCCAAGAUCCAAGAGCCUAGUUUCGUCUUGCAUCAUUUGCAAAACAUAUGGUAAGCCAUCGCUAGGAUGUACUACCAUAAUAAAGAAAAAUUCGUCCGAGGUAUUGUUGUGUAUUGUACCUUUAGUAGUGCCGUGCUACGCAGAAUACGGCGGUGUGACUGCAUACUGCAGUUUGCACUCCUUCAGGUUUCAGAGCGAUAAAAGCAAUAGGCAAACGAACCAAUAGUAGAACGAAACACGUGCCUACAAUACCUACACGUGGUAACGAGCACAAUACGAGCGGCUCAGUUGUCGUUGUUGUGGUAGGUAAGUUCCGGCAGAUUUACAGUCCGUCCAGUAGACUUUAAAGCGAAGUAUAAGCAAAUAAUAGAAACGUGUCGCAAUUUGAACACUAUCCACGGUAUGCAGCAUGGGUGUUAAGAGCAGGAUUAGAAACAACUGGCAACCCAUGUAGGAAAACAAUGAAGGAAUAGCUAGGUGGAAACCCGCCAAGGAUUCAUGAUUUUCUUAUUCGAAGUAGCAUCGCACAGCAACGCGUCUGUGAAACAUACAGAUUAUAGCCAAAGCACAAACUAUGUGAAACAGGAAAUGAAUAGCAAGUGGUGAGGAAAAUGUAUAAGCGUUGGAGACGUCCAUCUUCCGUUGUGUUUGCAUGCGCCGCAACGCUAUCGGUUUUAACGCUGUUACUCGUACAACACUGCAGUUGGUUUUGCAGCAUCACUCAUUUAAAAACAUCGACAUUGUUAUCGAGCGGCAAUUGUAGUCAUCUCUUUUGCCAUUGGGAAAGUUUGCAACACCAGUAAGCCAACUGCAGUGGUUGGUGGUUGAAAGGUAUCAGGUCCUUUUAUUUGCAUCACGCAUUAUUUAAAAAUGCAUCUAAAUGUGGAAGUGGUCAAGUUGGUAAAUUACGAAUGAUUACGAAAUUAUCUUCGUUGAUUUAACUCGUAAGACCAAGACAAGUCAAGGAAGAAAAUUGAGUGGAUUCACAGUUGGUCAGACCAAGAGCUGAACACGAUCUGAACAGAGGAAACCACCAUUUGUGUGCUUCAGUACCACCGUGGCGUAACCGAUUUCACUGUAAAUGAGAAAAAACACACACAAAGUCUACCUUUAAUAAUGUAAUGUAAUAUUUGAGAUUUAGUGUCGCUUGGCAUAAUAAGUUUUUGUUUGAUUUUGUUUGGCCAAGAACCUAGUAAUAGAUAUACAGUAUGUAAAUGGUUUUGUUUGUUGUUUGAUUUUGUUACUUUCUUUAUGUCCCUUCCAAUUAUUUUACAUCGGCACACCAACAUCACACAACUAGAGAAACAAAGCAUUCAACACGAUUCAAUAUUAUACUACCAACAGUCUUCUAUUUGCUUUGCACAGAGAUUCUUUAAUUGAUAUCAUCCAAGUGUUUGUCUAACGAGUGAUUUCUUGCAGGUAUGCAGGUAUGUGCAUACCUAAUUAUAUAUAUACACUUCUUUUGAACGCAUAUGUCUGUAUGUUUUUUUUGUGUUUAUAUGCAUGUGUGUAUUAUGGAAUGUAAUGUUUGUUUGUUUUUUUUUCUACGAUUUUCAAAAUCCUCAUAUAACUUGGUUUGCGUGUUUUGCUUUUUCGUUCUUCCAUUGCCCCUUGCUCAGCUUCAGUUUGUGUUAGAAUUUAGUUUUGUCUAAUUGUCUCAUGUAAAAAACUACAUUAACUUCUAUAUCAAUAAACACCAGAAGGAAUAAGAUAGGAUAGGAUCACCGUAUUUCUCUCGCUUUGGAAUUGGUUUUUUUAUUAGUUCAGCAACCACUUCCAUGUUGUGUCAGGAAAUAGGAUAGGUACAGUGUUGAAAUGAAAUCUGUAACAAAGCCUAUUUGUUCAAGUUUUAUGGUAGGGGCGCAUUGUUAUACUAGCUAAAAGUUACGAAGGAUGUAAACAACUGGACAGGACAAAAAUACAAUUAUAUUUAUACAAAUUCUCGUUGUUGUUGUUAUCGAAGCGUUCGAAUCGAAGAGGAAAUUUUUGAAGAUAUGUAUAAAUCAAAGCAAAAUUGUUCCGUUUCCUUAACAGCUCAAAUAACGAAUCAAAACCCAGAUCUAAUAUAGAUUAUCCUGACCCAAUUUCGUUGUGCAUUAGCGUAGUCGCAUGAAUUAACUCAUUAACAAAAGGUUAGAUCUAAGUUUUGUACAUUUCAAUCCAGAUUUGGUUUGUCAUUCUAAAACAAACUGUACCUUUUAAAAUAUGCGCAUAGUUGUGCGUGAUCCAACCACCAAACUAAACUUUCCUCUGUUUAUGCCGAUACAAAUAAUUGCAUCCCUGUAAAUUUUAGUUGCAACUAGAAACCAAAAUUAAGACCUCAGCAAUAUGAACACCAUUCAAAGAAUGAGUCUUUCUACAAUCCCUGUGACAUCCAGUUCAAGUUACGAAGUGUAUUCGACUUUUGUUUUUCGUGGUUAUGUACAUAAUUUUGUAAUGGAUACCCUCAUCUGUACGUUUUACAUCAAUCGCUAAUUACAAAAUCCAUUUUGCUUAUUUGCAUGAUAAUUUUCAUUGUUAAACAAAAACCUCUAUGCAAAGAAAUGUACUCAAAAAUUAAAUAUGUUUAACCUUUCUUUACGAUCACUCAAAACAUGAAUGGCAUGAAAAGCUCAUUGCUCGUAUAAGUGUACAGAUGCAACAAAAAAACAACACAACAUUCAUAACUUACGCCACUAAACACACGAAACUUGUUACGAACAACAAAAUCUACUGAAUUGUAUCGGCAGGAUUACGAAAUUACACAACUUUGCCACAGCUUAAGGCAACCUAAAAAAAGUACAACAAUCUCAGAGAAAGAGAAAGAAAUGUAGUGAAAAGAGAUAAAUAUUUUGCUAGCAUUAAGGAAAAAACAAACAAAUGCAAAAUGCAGUGCUGCUGAAUGCAAAAUUUUAGCUUACCUAUCAGUACCUAACACUAAAUAAAUGCAAACCCGAACUAUAGAAAUCAUGGCAUAAAGUUAUAAAAAAAACAAACAUUUUCUAAACUAUUUUAUAGAUGUUUUGAAUAAUGGCAACAUAAUUGACUAUCCCACAGUUCAAUCCGUGAUGAAGCAAGGAGUAAAAUUAGCUGGAUGUACAGGGAUAAUGAAACAGCAGCAACAAAGCGAAUGGAAAAGCACUAAUAUGAUGAAUUUAAACUUUGGAGUAAACAAAAUAAAGAAAACACAAGACACGGAUCUGUUGUGGGGUACCAAAAAGUAAACUAACUUACCAGAGAAGGUUAUUGUACGUUCAGACCAAGGGCAUUCAUUUAUGACACAGAUGUUGUUCAAAAUCUCUCUCUCCUAAAUAUUCUGGUUUCCUCUAAGUGGUUUUGAAAAAAAAAUGCAUUGUAUUCAAACCAAGGCUAAACAUGUACUUUUACAUGUGCUACUUGCAAAAUUAAAGAAAACCCUAAAAUAAUGAAACAAAAGUAAACCAAAACAACCAAAGUUUGGUACGAAUUGGCUAGUACAUACCAUACAGCAUACGCAUAUACCCGUUAAAAGCGUAAUGAAUGCGCUUGUACCCGCUAAAACCAGUUCCAAACGUGUACAACUUGGAAUAUUCAUCUUACAAAUAGUCAUUCUAAAUUACGAUAAUUGACCAGUAAUAACAAAUACAUUCGUCUUCUUAUCGCUUGAUAUUAACGAAAAGAAAUUUAACUCAAGUUAAAGUUUAUAUCUUCACAAAUUGCUACACAAAAUUCUGAUCUAAAUGGCAAUAUAACUUUGCAAAAUAUUUAAAAUUUAAAAAUACACAGUUAGUGAUUGGCAAAUUUAAGGUAAAUGAAAACAUGUUUCGUAUGCACUUCUUUCCUCCAUCCUCACAGAACCAUACACCCAACCGUCAUCCCGUUUCAAAAUUCAACUUAUAUUGUGAGCACUUCAUAAAUUUAUUAAAAACAAAGAUUCAAACAUCCAUUAAAAUUCUAUCAAUUUCCAAAUGUUUUCAAACGACGAAUUUGUAAAUAACACACGACCCGUAACAUACGUGUGUAUCAUGCACUGCAAUUAAAUUUAACGGUAAUGUUUAUAGAUGAACAACAGUAAAUAGUUACCGCUGUGCACCGAGAUGUUAGUAACGUUUAAGCCAUAUAACUUCUUCUGAUCAUUAAUAAUUGUGAAUUGCUGAACUGAUUGUGCAUGUAGCAAUGAAAGGUAAACAAAGUUUAAGAUGAGUACAAAAAAAUUGUCUGUCGAAUGAUUCCCUUUACAAUCCAGCGUAUUGCGUGCGUUCUACGUUUGUAGAACAAGAAUUAACAUGAAUUUGAACGAAUCAUCCCUCGCUUACAAUACCUACUACAGCUAUUCUAGUUUCUGUAACCUUAAUUUACAAAUGGUACGAACAAAAAAACGCAACAGACAGCUACAUACUUCAACCAAAAUUUACCAAAUGAUAAACAUCCAAUGAUCAAGCAUAUUUCACAAUUCACCAGUAAAGACUCUAACCAAAAAAUAUAGCUCUUCAAUAGAUAACACCUUUCCAAUGCAACGAUUAAUUAAAAAAACAACAACAAUAGAUAACGCAAAUUAGUCACAACAAAAAGGGUGCCUUUGAACGAAAACAUGUAUAAAUAUUAAAAAAUAAACUGAAUGGAAGACGCUUAAGUCUGAUCCAGAAAAAAAAUAAUUCAAGCCAGCAACAACUUGCCUCAACGAAUACCUGGUUGACUAACAUAAAUAGGAUUUAGUGUUUAAUGUCAAAUCUCCAAAUAAAAGUGAACAUGCAACAUGAGCCAAUAGCCAUCAGCCCAACAAUAGAAUAGGAAAACUAAAACGAUUAAACAUAACUACGUUGGUACAUAGUAAGUUUAUCAAAUAGAUUGUACCAAAAUCAAACAGGCAAAUGGGAAUAAUGUGCAAGCUAAGACAAAAAUGAAACAAAGAGCGAAAUGUAGUCAAAGGCAUGGUGGGUUAUGGAAAUGAGUUGUAAGUAAGGUGUACUGUUGAUAAUGAAAACAAAAAGUAGAUAGACAAGAAUAUAUUUCGAAUUGAAAAUUAACUACACACACACACAUACACACACAAACAAAACAAACUCGCAGGCAGAACAAAUUAAUACAAUACUUAUUAAGCGAAACAAAUGGUUUUUCAAUUGUAGCGCGUACGUUGCACAGAAAGUGCAUAUUGAUAAAUUGGACAGGACAAAAAACUAUGUAUUGUAGCUUAGUAUAAAAAUAGGGAAACGAUGAGAAAGGCAUGAAUGCUUGUGUGAUACAACAUGUACCAGGAAUUAUAGAUGAACGAAACUAAAUACAAAGGAUGUGGCAAACGAAGCAAACAAGGUCAACUAAGCGUAGCAAAUUUUUAACACAAAUUCAGGCCUUAUAAAAAACCCAUACAACAAUGCAGCAUACAAACACAUUAAAAACAUAGCAUGCUUCCCAAACAUUCUACAAAACUUGCAAAACUAGAGCCAUAGAAAAGAUGGAAAAAUAUAUGCGUUUGCGUAAGCACCAUGGUAUACAUAUAUCCAUCGGUAAAAUGAAAACGAAAUCAAAUAUCUCAUGCCAAUAUACCUCGAGACAAAGCAAAGGAAGCAUGCGAAUCAGUAUGCAUGCUAAUAUAAAGAAAGUAUAAGCAGGAAAAAAAACCGAAAGUGAGAAAAACUAAACAGGAUCAAAUAACCUUUUACAAACGAAGACGAAGAACAGAUGCAACAACAAAAAAUUCUUACAUAUUCUGGCAAAUCGUAUUACCAAGUACUAGCUACACCCAUAUUUUCCUAUACAUUUUCCCCUACACAAAAUGUUCACAAGAGCUAGCCGGGAACAACCACAAAAAGAUCUUCGAUGUUCCUUAUUAAUGACAGUUUCUCUGCAGCAUUACCCUCAAAUAGAAAUAAUUGAUCCCGGAUUAUAAAACAAAAGCGAGAAAUGAGCGAAUUACAACAACAACAACAAAAAACAACCUUGUAUUAGGUGCAAAAUAGCGCAAAAAAAUGCAGACAUAAAACAAAAAAAACACAAACGUAACUAAAACAUUCCGUCUUAAUGUGAUUCAUGAAGGAUGUUGUGUGUAGGUUGUAAUGUGUGCAAUUAUUUUCUAAUUAUUAGGUUAAAUUAGAUAUUCAACCAUUUGUUUCAAAUAACAACUGUACGCAAAUGCAUUGUUAUGUGGUUUAUUUUUUACACUACUGAACACGCAGCAAAUUACCACAGGAAUCAGUGCGCACCAUUUAAUUGUUCCUUUUUUUGCUAUCGUUACAAAUGCUAUUGCUGGAUAUACUACAUACAACGACUUAAUGGGAAUGUGAUGCAUAUAUAAACUAAUGAAUGAUGGUGUUUAUUUGUUUGAUUCUUUUUUUGUUUUCGUUUUGUAAAUUUUUAAAUAUUUUCAUCGCUGUUCUUGUUUAUGAUUUCCAAAAAAAAAACAAACAAGUAAAAGAAAGGCGCUUGUGUACUGAGAACGGUUCUGAUUUUCUUUGAUUGGAUUACAUUUACUAUUAAAACAUAAUACUUUAUACUGUGAUUUGUUUGUUCGUACUAGAUCAAUUUCACGAGAAAUGUUAACGUGUUCAUUUUGUUUGUUUUGUUUUAGUGUGAGUUAUUGUUUAGUUUUGUAAAUUUUCACUAACUAUCGCCGAUUGGUCGGUCGGUUUCACAAGUAAGGAGCAAAGUCAAGUAUUUUCGUUUCGUGAGUAAAGGCAAAACAUGAAGCUGGCACUGGAAAAUUGGAAAGUAAAAUAAGAUAGAAAGUGAUAAGGUUAUUUGAAAACAUAAUACAAAAUGCUAGCUAUGUGUGUGUGUUUUUUUAAAUACGGUAAACAUAAAAUAAAUUCUUAGCAAACAUAAAAGUACCUAAUUGAAAGCUAGCUGAAACGAGUAAAAGCAAAACACAAAAACCGAUAUAUUUACAAAUUACAACCGAACCCACACACUAUUACUCUUCGUUAAAUGAGAUAAUAGAGGAGACAAUUUUGGCUAUAAACCACAAAUUUCUAAUAGGGAGUUAAGGCAACAUGUAAACAACUGUUAUGCUUCAGAACAGCAUUAACCUACCUCAUGAGGUUAUGCAGUGAGACAAACAAAUUCGAAUUCUAUUCUACACCAUUCUCAAGUACAUACGUGCAUCCAUAAACACGUAAUAUAAACAUAUAAAAAUGAGACUAGUAAAUACAAAAACAUCGUCGUUUAUACAUUCACUGCAUGGAAAUACUAAGAAUCGAAUAUGAUUACUAUUAGACGAUGGUGAUGGUUCAAAUUAAAAAGUAACGAAUGAAUUGUGAAUUCAGAAACAGAAUGGUAAUACAAAACUACAAUUAUAUUGACUUAUUAAUAUAAUAUUAAUGAUAUUUUCAACACCUACAAUAAAUAACGGUUUUUCAAACGAA